UGAACAAAAAAAGUGUUUUUUGAGAGCUUACUUUAUUGUAGCGCCAUCUAUUAGUUGCUGCUGAAAAAUUCACUUGGUUUCAAACGUGACAGCCGUCAUAUUUUUUACAAAUUUAAGUUUUCAACCUCUUUUGCACAAGAUUUAUACAAAAUUUUGCUAACAGGAAGGCAAGACAAAGCUUAGUUUAAUUUUUUUCCACAAGUUUUAAUCUAAAUUUGAAAUGCAAAGCAUUUGGACACUAAUUACAUUUUGUACAGUUGGUUGCAAAUGCGUUCCAACACUCUUUUGAUCAUUUUCGUGAGCAUAAAAAUGUUUGUUUACCAUUCGGCAAAAUGUUCAAGUUUGUAUGAUGCUUUUUACGUUCGUUUUGUGUUUCGCAGUUCGCUCUUGGCAUAUGCUCUUGGUCGCUCACAUGGCAACAUGCGCUUUUGGUUCCUCAUAGUAAAAACACGUGCCAAAUGUUUGUAGAAUACGUUUUCUACAACUAUAUAGCUAAAACUAAUGCGUUUUGCCUUAGAAAUCUUCUGCACUGACAGCAGUGUGACAACACUUAACCUUAGAACUGUCAGAAUUGUUUUACUUUAUAGUGGCUCCCUCUCAGAAACAAAAAUAUGCCAAGGAACUAAGCAAUGCGGCCAGCCGUGUGAAGGGAAAGUCCCUUCAUUAAUCAAGGAAGCUGUGUCAGUGAGAGCUCGAUUUGGCUAUAUCAGUUCGGGAUGCCUGUGCAGUUUUCUCUUUUAUCCACCUCUUGUCAAGUGACAAUCACUGAUUUGCAUAACCUCACAAAUUUACCUCGUGAAAACCACAACAAAACUUAAAUUAAAAUGAAUGUAACACUUCCCCCCGGUGCCGGGCUCGAAAAUGUCGAUGCAGAGCAAGUUAAAACGUUCAAAGAUUUCCUCAUCUCUUACAAUAAACUAGCCGAAUUGUGUUUCACGGACUGUGUUUCGGAUUUCACAUCUCGGAAUAUCAAAGGGAGUGAAGAUCGCUGUGCGUUAAAUUGCCUCGAAAAAUUUCUCAAAGUAAAUCAACGCAUUUCUCAACGAUUCCAGGAGUUCCAAAUGCUUGCGAAUGAGAAUGCAAUCGCGGCGGCGCAAAAACUCGGCCAAAAUCCGACCUGAACGAUAAUUUAUUUGUGUUUGUUAUUGUUAGUUUGUUACAAAAUAUAGCCUCAUCUUUGACAA